AUGCAUGCUGACCAGUUCUUGAUAGGCCCAGUUGUCGAUAAUGUGAAGUCCGAAGCAUCCCGUACCGGCGAUGAGCUUCGCGAUCUGAAAAGCUCGCGUGUGACCCCUUCGACCACCACCGCCGAUGGUCAACCAUUGACCCACUACCACUCUUUGAUGUAUAGCCUUCUGAGCUGGGAACAACCCCGUGCGACCGCCGUCUCCUACGCCAGCGUGAUCUGUUUCAUCUUCGCCGCCCGUUAUCUGCCUCUUCUCCGCUGGGCCUUCAAGUUCCUAUACAUGUCGUUGGGAGUGACCGCCACCGUCGAGGUUGCUGGCCAUGUCAUCCUCAAGCGAGGAGUCGCCAGUGGAUUCCGCCCCCGCCGUUACUACACUAUCCCCAAGGAGACCGUUGAGGCUGUCCUCGAGGACCUUGAGCAGCUUGUGGACUUCUUCCUGAUCGAGUUCCAGCGCAUCCUGUUCGCUGAGAAUGUCCUCCACACCAUUUUGGCUUUCACUGCUGCUUUCACCGGCUACUGGCUGAUCCGCUUCGUUCCCUUCUGGGGCUUGGCCGUGAUUGCCGUGACCACCACAUACUUCACCCCCCUCAUCUACAUCAGCAACCGUGAAUUGAUUGACGAGCAGAUUAUCAACGCCCAGGAGAUCAUCAACUCCCAGACCAACCAGCUUCGGGACAUGGCUGGCGAGCGUACCUCGCACGCCACCGGCUUGAUGAAGCAGUAUGUCGGUGAGUACAGCUCCAAGGCCCAAGGUAUCAUCAGCUCCCGGCGCUCUACCUCCCCGGAAGCGAGCAAGCUCGUGAGCCCGAUCAAGCGUGAGACCGCGGCCGAGUCUGCUAAGACUCCCAUCCCCGAGUUCACUGCCCCUGUUGUCGAGCCUGUCGCCGAGCCCGCCGUCAAGCACGAGGACUUCCCCGAGGCUCCCAAAGCCGCUCCUGUCGCUCAGACUCUCGAAUCUGACAUUGUUGUGGAGCCCGCAGAGCAGGCUGGUGACCGUGAGCCUCUUCUGGCCAUUUAA